AUGGUCCAGGGGUCAUGUCGUUCUGACUUGUCAUCAUCACCAGGACCAGCUGCUGCCGCACCACUGCCCAAACCGGUCGACUGUCCUGAUCCUCCCGCAGAGAUUUGGAUUUCGUCCGAUUCCUUCCCAUCCUCCGUGUCCAUCGUUGACCAGGAGGUGUACGCCGUAGCUUGUUGCAUUCCCAGUCAGUCAACUAUGCCACGUUCUGCCUCGUGCAUUUUGGUGCAGCGCGGCUCUAUUCGACAUCAUUUGCAAAGACAGGAUCGUCCUGUCACCCAAGAGUUGCGGCAUAAUUGCAGACGGCUGCUGGUUUACGCGCUCGAGACCGCAGCGAGGUCCCUUGCAUUGACGUGGCAGACUGCAUUUCUCCAAAUUACCGUCCAAAACCUGGCUGGUUGGCGGGCAAUGUCUGCGAGACCGGACUGUCGAGUUCCCCUCGCUCUUCAAACGACGGAUCGCGUGUUUGCGCAUCGCAUGUCAUUUGGCACCAACACUCUCCUCCCCACACAUCCAUCCUAA